AUGUUUACGUACGUACUUGCUUUAGUCACGAUAAUAAGUUUCCAGCUGUCUGACCAACAAACUUCGACCAGUGCUGGCCUCAAAGUUGGCAUUUCAUAUAAUGGAUUGAAUUACGCAGCAAACAGAGCGAUCGACAGAUUAACCGGCGAGCUGGUCAACAAAAGAAUAAAUGAUGCCGAUGGUAGGAAUGGAGAUUUCAAAUAUGAAAUUUCAAACAUCCUGAUAAAAGACUUUCAUAGACCGACAACGAGUGUCAGUUUGAAUGCGGAUUCAUCUACUCUCACCUGGUCAUUGGGAAAUGGAAAACUAAGCAUAGAUUUCAAUUGGCAUUACGAGUACAAAAAGAAUCGUUUCAUAAGGUUCUCCGAUAGCGGUCGAGCCAGCGUGUAUGCGAGCAACGUGAGAAUAUCUGUAAACGUCAAGUUUGGUUAUGAUGCUAACACAGGUCGUCCCAACAUUUACACGACAAAUUGUGACUGCGAUGUUGGUGAUUUAGACCUUGAUUUCCACGGCAAUAAUGGGUGGCUGUAUAAUUUACUAGCAGGUGCUAUAAAAAGUCCUUUGAAAAAGGAAGUUUUGAAGGAAUUGUGUCAUGCCGCUAAGAAAGCCAUUGAUGAAGAUGGUAACAAAGAAUUGUCUACAUUAGAUACCAAUGUUUCCUUAGAGAAAAAAUUAUAUCUAGAUUAUCGAUUAACCGCUAACCCUGCAAUCACUUCAAAUUCCGUUGAAUUCUCGGGUGCUGGCUGCGUUUUUUUUCCAGAGAACAAAGAUUGUCCAUCCAGUCAUCCACCAAUGUCUGUGGAUUUGUCAACAAAAAUGUUGACGGCUGUAGUAUCAGAGGAAUCCAUAAGUAGUUAUCUGAAAGCUAUGUUUCUCUCUAAUCAGAUGGAACUCAACAUAAAAAAAAACAGUUUUGAGGACUCUGAAGGGGACUUUCUGGAUGCUAACUGUGUUGCGGGAUUCUGUUUCGCGAGGCUGAUGCAUAAGCUAGCACGGAGUAUGCCAAAUUCAUCAUUUGAAAUAUUAUAUCGCGUUUCAGAGGCACCGAUUGUUCACGUUUAUAAUGGUCGCAUGUGGAGCAACAUAUCGUCUAAUGGAUUCAUAAAGACGAGAUUCCCAAACAACACAGUCGUUGAUUUGUUCUCAAUCAGUUUAACAACGCUGAUAAACAUUACACUUACACACAAUAAUGACGACGUCAUCGGAUUUAAAAUCUCGAACCUGAAAUCAAAUGUAACAUUUGACGACAGUAUCGAUGCAGAUGUCAAAACGGGAGUGAAUUUUGGUAUAACAGUUGUUGCAAAAUUUGCAAAAAAAAAUGUCAACAAAAUCGGACAGAAAGGUCUUCCACUGCCAAAAAUUCAUGGUAUUGUUUGGGAAAACAGUGAAAUUUCAUUCAAAGAUCGCUUUAUUGCUAUUCAGUCAGAUGUGAGAUAUGUGAUGUAG